AGAAAGGAAAAUGGCAUUUGAGUCCUUGGGAAUCGCUUCUACUUCACUCACCUUCGUUCUCUCUCUCUCUUUCUCUCUUUCUCUCUCAAGUUAGCUUAGCAGUCUCACCAGAAAAUCUAACCUUACAUCACAAAUCCGAACAAACAUUGAUACAGUAAUCGGAAUACGGUGCCGUAAUUUAUACACAAUUUAUUCCCUCUCAUCGCUUAAUUCGACGGUUUUUUAAGAUCGUUUUCUACUAACAUAUCGUCGGAGAAGAAGAAGAAGAAGAAGAAAAGGCUAAAAUGGAAACGGAGAAUUCGGUAGCGGAUAAUCCGGCAAUGACCUUCGACGAGGUUUCCAUGGAACGCAGCAAGAGCUUCGUUACGGCAUUGCAGGAGCUUAAGAACUUGAGGCCUCAACUUUACUCGGCUGCUGAUUACUGUGAAAAGUCUUAUCUACAUAGCGAGCAAAAGCAAAUGGUAUUGGACAAUUUAAAGGACUACACUGUAAAGGCUCUGGUUAAUGCUGUUGAUCACCUUGGAACUGUAGCUUCCAAGCUUACUGAUCUCUUUGAUCAACAAAACUCGGACAUAUCAACUAUGGAGCUGAGAGCUUCUUGUGUUAGCCAGCAACUGCUUACAUGCCGGACGUAUAUCGACAAAGAAGGUCUUAGACAGCAACAGCUAUUAGCAGUUAUCCCAUUGCAUCACAAGCAUUACAUUCUACCCAAUUCCGUUAAUAAGCGGGUACACUUUAGUCCUCUGAGACGAACUGACACAAGACAGAAUCAUUAUCAAGCUAUAUCCCGUCUUCAACCUUCAGAUGCACCUGCAUCGAAAUCACUCUCCUGGCAUUUAGGCUCAGAGACCAAGUCUACCCUAAAAGGAACAACCACUGUUGCACCAAGCUCCAAAGAUUCAAAAGCUUUCACAAAGACAUCUGGAGUGUUCCAUCUUUUAGGUGAUGAAGAAAACUUAAUAAACAAGAAGCCUUUGGCUGGUUCUCAGGUCCCAGGUGUCCCUGCAACAUCCACCACCACAAGGCAGACAUACGGUGUUGCCCACAAGUUUGUUGUUCCUCAGGAUGUUGAGGUUCCUAAACUUAUGUCGGCACACAAGUCACUUGACAACCCACGACGAGAGAUCAUUCAAGCCCCUGUUCGGACCAAAAGUGUUCUAUCUGCGUUCUUCGUCAAACAGAAAACUCCAAAGCUCAAAGCUGGUUACGUCUCGUGAAAACAUUUCUCGGAAGGAAAAUUCAGUAUUAUACCACGUUUAUUUUUCUUUUAACAACCCGCUGUUUCCAAUGUAAUUAUCUUAAUCCCCACCUCAAUGUUCGAAGUCUAAACAAGACAUGAUUAUGGCCAGCGAUUAAAACUAAACAUAGAUGAAGAAUAAUGUGUUUCAAAAGGCUUUCACCAAAAAACAAAUGAGGCU